CUCAGGAGGUCUUUCAUCGAGACCCUUAGAAUUAGAAUUCUGCUUCCCGUCUCUUUCCAAGAAGGAGCAACCAGUGGAGAGCUCGGCCUUUCGAAUUCAGCACUGGAGACACACGGAGAUUCUUUACAGGAUGGUCUCCCACUCGGAGCUGAGGGAAAUUUUUUGCUCUGCUGACGCAGUCUGCUUUGAUGUCGAUAGUACAGUCAUCAGAGAAGAAGGAAUUGAUGAGCUGGCCAAGUUCUGUGGUGUUGGGGAUGCUGUGUCAGAAAUGACCCGUAGAGCCAUGGGCGGUGCGGUCACUUUUAAGGCGGCUUUAACAGAGCGGUUAGCCCUCAUCCAGCCCUCCAGAGAACAGGUGCAGAAACUCAUAUCAGAGCAUCCUCCACACCUCACGCCGGGGAUAAGGGAGCUGGUGAGUUGCUUACAGCAGCGAAACGUUCAGGUCUUCCUAAUAUCUGGUGGAUUUAGGAGCAUCGUAGAACAUGUUGCUUCAAAGCUCAAUAUUCCAGCCACCAAUGUCUUUGCCAAUAGACUCAAGUUCUAUUUCAAUGGUGAAUAUGCUGGUUUUGAUGAGAGCCAACCAACCGCUGAAUCUGGUGGGAAAGGGAAGGUGAUUGGGCUCCUUAAAGAACAGUUUCAUUUUAAGAAAAUAGUCAUGAUUGGAGAUGGAGCUACAGACAUGGAAGCUUGUCCUCCUGCUGAUAUUUUCAUUGGCUUUGGAGGAAAUGUGAUUAGGCAACAAGUGAAAGACAAUGCCAAGUGGUACAUCACUGACUUUGAGGAGCUUCUUCGAGAACUGAAAAAGUGAUGUCCAAUUUGAAAUAUAUGAAAAAAAUAUAUGCAUAUAUAUUUUAUUAGCAUUUCCAGAUUAAUUAAAAAGAAUACUUA